AUGUCUCCCAACACGGCCUCUUCGCCAGCCUCGCAGGGGACCGGCGGCGAAGGGGAGCCGCCCUACGCGGGCAUAUCCGACGACGACGCGCCGUUCUCCGCCUCCUCCUCGUCUCCCUCGCUGGCCGCCGGCAGCCUGCCUUCGUCGCCCGGCCCUUGCCUGCUGCUGCUGGAGGCGGGAGACCGCAGGGCGGCCCGCGGCGGGUCGCCCUCGGCAGCAGGCGGCUACCCGCACGCGCAGAAGGCCAAAGGCCGUCGGGGCCGCGCCAAAGGCAAGUGCGACGGGCCCAGCGGGGCCGGCAAGGCCAAGCGGAGCCGCCGCGUGAAGGCCAACGACCGCGAGCGCAACCGCAUGCACAACCUGAACUCCGCCCUGGACGCGCUGCGCGGCGUCCUGCCCACCUUCCCCGACGACGCCAAGCUCACCAAGAUCGAGACGCUGCGCUUCGCCCACAACUACAUCUGGGCCCUCACCGAGACGCUGCGCCUGGCCGACCAGAGCGGCUUGGCCGGGCCUAGCUACGAGGGCUCUUUCCAGGCCGCCGCCGCCGCCGGCAGCCCCGACGGCCUGGCGGCCUGGCCUUGCCACUGGGACCCGCUCUACUCGCCCAUCUCGCCAGAGGGCAGCCUCAGCCCGACGGACUCUGCGGAGGAUGGGCGCCCUUUCCCGGCGCCCGGAGCACGAGGAGGCCCCGGCUGCCUCAGGCACGCGGCCCAGGCCGCCUUCCCGGACUUCGUCUGA